AUGGGUUCUAGAUGUAGUUCAGAAUGGCUACAAACUAGAAUUUCUAAAAAUUCCACAUUUCUUGGGAAUAAAACAGACGAAAGUACCUUUCGAUCAAGAAAAUUUAAUUCAAAAAGAAAUAGAAGAACUUUUAUUGAAAAACGCUAUAGAAAUAGUAGACAAAUCUCAGAUUCUUACAGGUUUUUACAGUACGUUGUUCCUAGUUCCAAAGAAAAAUGGGGAAAUGAGACCUGUAAUAAAUUUAAAGCCAUUGAACCGGUAUUUGAGGAAAACUCACUUCAAAAUGGAUACUAUGCCAAAAGUUCUAAACCUAGUUCAAAAAGGAGAUUAUGCAAUAAAUCUGGACCUGAAAGACGGUUAUUUUCAUGUAAAAAUGUUCAAGGGUCACAGAAAAUAUCUUCGUUUCUGUUUCAAAGGUCAGGUGUACCAAUUUCGAGUGCUAUGCUUCGGCCCAACAUCAGCUCCAAGGGUGUUUUGCAAAAUAAUGUCCGUCAUAGUAGCACAUCUCAGACAACAAGGUCUUCUUCUAACAUCUUAUCUGGACGAUUGGUUAGCUGCCAAUCGGACAUUUUCAAAGAUGAUGUCAGAUCGAAAGAUUAUUCUAGAUCUCCUUUUUCAACUAGGGUUAAUAGUAAACAAGAAAAAAUCCUCUUUAGUUCCUUCUCAGAUUUUCACUUACAUAGGCGGCCUAUUCGAUAUGACAAAGGGGUUAGUUUAUCCAACACAAGAGAGAAUUACAAACCUGAAACAUGCAGUUCUAAAAUUGUUACAAGGCUCGAUUUCAGCAAAACAAUAUAUGAUUGUGUUGGGUAUGAUAGCCUCUUGUCUAGACUUAAUUCCAAAUGCAAAGUUGUUCAUGAGACCCAUACAGCUUCAUUUGCUCAAGACUUGGAGUCCGGCAAGAAUGCCUUUAAGUUUCAAUAUACCCUUAACUCCUAUGCUACGAUAUCAUCUCCAUUGGUGGUUACAGGAUCAGAACAUUCUAAAGGGAAGAUCUGUUCAACAGAUUUCCUUUCCAGUAUCUGUCACCACCGAUGCGAGUGGGACUUGGGGCUGGGGCGGUCACAUGAACAACUUUACAGUGCAAGGCCGUUGGUCAAAGAUGGAAAAAUUACUACACAUAAACAUUUUAGAAAUGAAGGCGGUAAUUCUGACAGUCCGCCACUUUCUGUCUGCUCUGAAAAACAAGAAUGUAUUGAUACGGUCGGACAACACGUCAGUGUGUCAGUAUAUAAAUCGCCAGGGGGGCACUCGUUGCCCUACACUUUGUCUGUUAACUUGGGAGUUAUGGGAACUGGCAUUGAAUCACAAUAUUGUGUUGAAAGCAGUUCACAUAAUGGGGAAAUUGAAUUUUCUGGCAGAUUUUCUGAGCAGACAGGAAGUGAGGGAUACAGAAUGGAGUCUGAACAAAACAGUGACGUCUCAAAUUUUCAAUAUUUGGGGUCAACCUCUGAUAGAUCUCUUUGCAACUCAAGAGAACAAACAGACAACACUGUUUUGCUCAUGGCUUCCACAACCCCAAGCGUUUGCAUUGGAUGCCCUGUCUAUUGCAUGGCAGAACAUGUAUGCAUAUGCGUUCCCGCCAAUACAGCUAAUUCCGAAAGUUUUGAACCAUAUGAAAUUAUUCAAGUGCAGACUGAUUUUGAUAGCCCCAAAUUGGCCAAGACAGCACUGGUUUCCACAGCUGUUGAAAUUGUUGAUAGCAAAACCAAUAAAACUCCCUGUGUCACAGAAUCUAUUGUCGCAAUGCAAGGGGAGAAUAUUUCAUCAAAAUCCUCAGAGUCUAAAGUUGACUGCAUGGCUUCUAUCGACAAAGUCUUCAGAUCAAAGGGAUUUUCUGAAAGAACAAGAAAUUUACUUGUCGCCUCAUGGCGAAAAGGUACAAGAAGAGAUUAUAAUUGCAAAUUCAGAAAAUUCAGUAAUUGGUGUUGUAGACAACAGAUUGAUACGUUUUCAGCUUCUUUGAAUGAUUGUGCUGAAUUUUUGACUUACCUUUAUGACCAAGGGUUAAAAUAUAAGACUAUUACAGGUUAUCGGUCUAUGCUAUCAUCAAUUUUACCUCCUGUGGAAAAAUUUCAGAUUGGUCAACACCCCUUUAUUAUUCGCCUUCUUAGAGGCAUUUUUAAUGAACGUCCACCUAUUAGAAAAUUAGUUCCUGAAUGGGAUUUACCUCUUGUUUUAGAAUGCCUGAAGAAGCCACCAUUUGAACCGAUGAAGGACGCAUCUUUGAAGUUUAUUACAUGGAAGGUGUGUUUUUUGAUAGCUAUUUCCUGUUUUCGUCGUUGUAGUGAUCUUCAAGCCUUGUAUUUGGGAGAAGGUAACAUAAACAUUCAGAAGAAAGGAAUAACUUUUAUACGUUCAGGUUUAGCAAAACAAGAUAGACCAAGUCAUCAUUCAAGAAAGAUUUUCAUUCCAUCUUUUUCGAGGGAAAAAUUUUUAGACCCUAAGAGGGCUUUGACUUAUUACUUGAAAAAGACUGAAAGUUUUAGAGUUAAAGACUCUAAAAAUGAACUUAAACUUUUCUUAAGUGUUAUUAAACCUCAUCAUCCAGUGACAAGUCAGACUAUUUCUAAAUGGUUAGUUAAUAUUAUUAAGUAUGCUUACAAAAUGAGUAAGAAAUCUACUGGAAAAAUUAAAGGUCACCAGACUAGAAGUAUUGGGCCUUCCUGGGCAUUGUUCAAAGGUGCGUCGUUGGAUCAGGUACUGGAUGCGGCAGAUUGGUCUUCAGAGACCACCUUCAUUAAACAUUAUCUCAAAAACGUAGAUACAAGUGUUUUGGAUUUCAAGUAA